AUCUCAUGUUAAAAGGGGCGGGAAUGUUAAAAGGGGCGGGAAUAUAGUGGCUCACUUAGUCGCUCGGUGGAACACGACGGGUAAUGAUGAACUAGUUUGUUUGGACUCGUUCCCCAAAGUAUAAUUACUUUGGCGGAGUUUGAUUUGCAAUAAUAAUUUCCGCUCCGUUUGUUUCAAAAAAAAUAAAAAUAAAAUAACUUCCAAAUCUCUUAUUGUUUUUCUAUUCUAAAUAUACAUGCUACAUUGCUAAAUAUAUACCAUGCAUUAAAUAUAAUUUCAAUUCAAAAAUAUUAAGAUGAAUUGUGAAGGCCUUACUUUGUAAAACCAAAACCUCAAAAAAAUCGAGAAAGAAUUAUCUGCUGAAAACUUCAACUUACAUCAUCAAUCGCGAUGAUUCCACAAGAUCAAGUAAAAUACAGUAGCAAUUCGUUGAUUACAUCCCAACAAUAUUUACCCUUCUUUUCAUGGGCUGGGGUGAACGAUGGUACAGAUAAUCCCUAAAGUUUGGCUCAAGCUCUGGAACCAAUGGGAGUUCCAUGUGAUGAAGUUAUGGAAUGAAUGGGAGAUUCGGGCGUUGGUUCUUAUAAGCCUUUUGUUGCAGGUAAUGCUUAUUGUUUUAGGCAAGCAGAGGAAGCGUGACAGACGAAAGCGGAUAAGGUAUACACUUUGGCUUGCCUACUUAUCUGCUGACUGGGUUGCUACCGUUGCUCUUGGCAGUUUGUCUAAUCAACAAGGUGAUGACACAGUCGAUUCCAGCAACGUACUAAAAGCAUUGUGGGCGCCAAUUCUUCUCUUGCACCUUGGUGGCCCAGAUACUAUAACUGCUUACUCCAUGGAAGACAAUGCAUUGUGGUUGCGGCACUUACUGGGGCUUUUAGUACAGGUAUUGGUUGCAUUUUACAUCUUUGUCAAGUCUUUGAGACUCACCCAGCUCAACUAUGUCGCUAUCCCAAUGUUUGUCUCUGGAAUCAUUAAGUACGGAGAGAGGACCUGGGCUUUAAGGUCUGCAAGCAGUGACCAAUUCAGGGACUCGCUUCUUCCUAGCCCUGAUCCAGGCCCCAACUAUGCUAAAUUUAUGGAAGAAUAUGUUUUGAGAGAAGCUGAAGGAUAUAACAUUCAAUGGACGAAAAUGAAGGAUCCCAAGGUGGUUGUUCGUAGCUUAGUAACAGACAAUUCAAAAGAUUGCCAUAUUGAAGCUGCAUCUAUUCCCAAAAGAGCUUAUGAAUACUUCCAGAUAUAUAAAUGCCUCUUUGCAGACCUUAUCCUUGGCUUUCAAGAGCUUGAGAUGAGCAAAUCUUUUUUCCUACACAGUGAAUGGAAAGAGGCGUUUAAUGUUGUUGAAAUUGAGCUUGCUCUUGUCUUUGAUUCUUUUUACACAAAGGCUGCCAUACACUACACCAGAUGGGGUCGCAUAUUACGGCUUAUCACUGUAUCUUCGACUUUUGUCACAUUGGCAGCCUACUACUUCUCACAAAAGCACAAGUAUUCUGAAGUUGAUGUGAUUAUAACUUACACUUUGUUGGUUGGAGCUGUUUCCCUUGAGAUUUUUGGCAUGGUUGUUUGGCUUUGCUCAGAUUGGGCCCUGAUAUGGCUGGACCAUCAUGAGAAGAUGCCAGUCAAGCAAAUCUAUAAGGCCAUCUCAUGCCUUAAAAUUUUCAGUAGCGACAGUAAGUGGUCUAAUCACAUGAUGCAGUACAAUCUGAUAAAUUCAUGCUUUGAAGCGGCUCUGACUAAAUCAUGCAUACUGCUUCCCUGUUAUUUCUAUCGCAAACUCCAAAUGAAGACCAAAACAGAGCUAACAGAAAGAGUUCCGGACAUGCUGAAAAAAUAUAUUUUCAAGCAGCUUCUUGAGCAUACAUCAGAUUUGAAGGAAGAUAGGGCAUUUUGCACUUCGCGAGGUUCAUGGGUUCUGGAUAGAUACCAAUCACAAGAUCUCAACUGGAGCAUUGAGAAAGAAUUUGAUCAAAGCAUCCUUCUUUGGCAUAUUGCUUCUGAUUUAUGCUAUCACACAGAUGAAGACUCGGGACCUGAAUCAGCUUGCUAUGUUGAAUGUCAAGUGAGCAAGCUGCUGUCAAAUUAUAUGUUGUACCUACUAGUAAAAAGGCCAUUCAUGUUGCCGAAUGGAAUAGGGAAAAUCAGGUUUCAGGAUACUUGUGCAGAGGCAAAGGAUUUUAUUCAGGAAAGAUCUGUGAAGGAUGCUAAAACAGCCAGACAAAGGUUGCUCACUAUAAAAACUAACAUAUUGCCAGGUGAUAUCAAAGGUGAUAGAAGCAAGUCAGUCUUGUUUGAUGCUUGUCGCCUCGCAAAAUAUUUACAAAACAGAGAUUGGAAAUGGAAGAUUAUUGUUGGCGUAUGGGUGGAGAUGCUAGUGUAUGCUGCAAGCCAAUGUAGGUCAGAUCACCAUGCUCAAGAGCUGGCUCAAGGAGGGGAGCUUCUCACUCAUGUAUGGCUGCUGCUGGCACAUGUCGGGUUAAGUGAACAUUUCCGAAUAUCAGAGGGCCAUGCUCGAGUAGUAUUAGAUGUGACUUGAAGGGUGAACUUUACAAAGCUUUUUUUUUAUUUUUUUAGUUAUGCCCUGUUUCAUCUGCUGCAGAUUUCAUGUAUAAUUUUUAUUCCCUACUGAUCUGAUGACUGAUCCCUGAGGUGCCAGCCUUUAAUUUGUUGUCAACUCAUUGAAAUCUUAUCAAAGUUUAAUUUACAUUAAAGCAUAAACUUUUUGACUUA